GUACCUGGAUACUCGGCGUCAUCCGAGGAUCUCGUCGCCGAGGUCCUAAGAAAUGUACAAAAAGUCCCGACUCAGGAGGCGGAGAAGUGCCCCUGGGGUGGCCCCGACAUCGUCGACUCGCCCGAUCGAGGCAAUGCUGAAGGAAGCCAUAUGAGGACUAAGCCGUUGUCAGGUGCUGUACUGUCGGCAACUGCCUCUAACCCUUUAUACCUCACCUUGGUCGUUCCCUCGUUGCCCGUCAUGAAAACCAUCCAGUCUCUACUUAUAGCGACCAUCUUCGCUUUUGAUCCAACAGUACUUGCCGAAUGUAACAAGAACGGCAUGACAGGCGAAUACGACGUUAACAACAACACCCCAGUCGACUUGAGAAUCGUGUGCGCUCAGCUAUCGGGCAGCUAUGUAAAGAAUGAAUUCCGCCGAAUCUGCAUCAUGGAUACGAAGGGUAGAAAGUGGGAUUUUGAGCUUUCGUAUAUCGGGAAUGGUGACCAACGCGACAUCGAUAUAGAAGAAUGCUAUAGCGGCAUGAAGGCAGAGGCCGGCUGCGAGCGCGGCGGCCGGAGGAAGUAUUGGAAUUGGGAAUACUCAUUUCUGACCAUGGAGACUUUCCAGGGCGGAUCCAAACGUCGGGCAAUGUGUGAAUAUGCACCCGUCGACGGGUCAGGUCAAACUGGCUGGGUGGUGGAGUGGUCUACGGUCAAUAAUCAAAUUACGCCCAAAGCCUACUCGACGACAGGCUACGAGUUCGAGUUCGAUUCCCAGUGUGAGCACCAAGAGAUGUAG